AAAAAAUCCAUCAAAUCCGAUUGCUGCGAAUUUGGAAUGCAUACACACGCCUUACAAUAUCACUCAAGAUUCCAAAACAAAUUUGGGAAAAAAGACAGAAAAAUCCAAAGCCUGUUCGUAUGAUCUCGAUGAUAUAAAUGUAAUUUACUUCGGUGUUAGCGUUUUUCUUCUGCUGCUCGCAAAUUCUCUGUCUCCCUUCCGAACACACGCAGACAAUCGAUCUGAAGUGGACAGAUACUCGACUUCCCCAACCCCAAGUAGAGAGCGAUUGUGGCGAAAGUAUGUCUGGCUCUGAGGAGGUCAAAGAACAAGCAGAAGUUGGAAUGGAGGAUGUUGACAAAUCUCUGCCGACAAAACAACAGGAAGAGGAAGCUGUCAGAAAGAAAUAUGGAGGAAUAUUGCCCAAGAAACCACCACUAAUUUCCAAGGAUCAUGAGCGUGCUUAUUUCGACUCGGCUGAUUGGGCUUUGGGAAAGUCAUUUAUUUUGAGUCUGCAGCAAGGUGUAGAGAAGCCCAAAGGACCACUUGAGGCUCUCCGACCGAAAUUACAGCCAACACAUCAGCAAACACGAUAUCGCAAAUCUCCUUAUGCUCCAUCUGGUGAAGAUGGAACUCCUGCGCCAGUCGAAGAUGCUACCACAAAUGAAUGAGAGCCGAUCAAAAGAGUAUGUUUUCCAUUACAAAUAAAGCUUGGAAAAAAAAAAGAAAGAUAAAAAAAAAAGGUAAAGUACUCUUAGCCUGCUCAAGGAAGAAUGCAUCUUCAAUUUCCUAAGAUUGAAAGGUCUUCCUGAUAAUUUCCUGUUGUAAACUAUUCUACUGCUGCCCAGACACUAAUGAAGUUCACUAUUGAGAUCUUAAAUAUACAUUUUGGACUCCAAUUUUAAAAGAAGUCUGAUCGAUGUAUUUGAAAGCUUCUUUCUUGUUUCUUUUCCUUUGAGGACGAUUAUUCUAUAUUUUAAGAUAAUACCGAAAAUCACAGAAGUUCUCAUUGAUCUUUAAGAAAUGCAAAUGCACUAAAAAAGGAGGA